AUGUCAAGGAGCAGAAAGUCUACGUCAAAUAAAUUAUUUACAAGCAUCAUCUCGUCUAUGGGUUAUUAUUCUGCUCAAUGUUUCACUCGACUUGAUGAAGUGAGGAAAUCUUUUACUCCGAAAGUGAAAAAAAGACGUUUAAAACGAGCAAAAACAACAACAACAACUGCUGCUGCUACUAAUAUCUCUUCAAGCGAAAAUGAUGAUAAAAUUCCAUUUGUCCUAAAUCUAAAUGAUGAUAGUUUUGGUGAUAUUUCUAAUAAUUUAAAUGCAUUGAACCGGUCGCAAGAUGUCGCAUGCAGUGAUUAUGAACCGGGAGGCGAUGAUUAG